AUGCACCACCUUUCACGUGUUUCCGGCUCCGCCAAAACACCCUUUAUGCAAAGCCUGAACACAGAGGUGCUUCAAUUCUGCAUUCUCAAUUCAUCCCAAGUUUCAAGGUUCUUUCUACGGUAUGGCUCACUGAUUCCCGGUGCCACCAAUCAAAAAAAUGACAGUGAUUUGACUAAUCUGUCACUGGCCUCCCCCGUAUCCCCAACAAAGGAACAAUUUCAACACGGAAAAACGGUGAAGGGACAAAGCCAACAGGGAGGUCCUUUACAGAGGGCUUGUGGCAGGAAUGGACUAUAUCCUAUCCACUCCUUGUCCACUUCAAAACUCACAGACAACUCUAAGCUUAAAGGGCAUCUUUGGCCAACGUGUUCAGUUCUAAUCUGUGGAACCAUGAUAGGUUAG